AUGGGAUCCUUUAUCCUCAAUGCGUUGUGUUCACGAUCCUCUGCAGAUUGCCAGUUCAGGUUAUACGGAUCUUCCUGCACACAGUUUGGCUUCAAAGACUCUGAUGUAAACAUUGAUGUGAAGUUUCCAUCCCAUUUCCAGCAUCCUGAUGUUCUGCUUGUGGCUCAAGAGCAUCUCUCUAAAAGUGCUCUGUUUGUCAGUGUGGAGGGAGACUUCCAUCGGAGGAUGCCUGUAGUCGUGUGCAAAGAGAAAUCAAGCGGUCUGAUCUGCAAAGUCAGCGCAGGCAAUGAAAGUGCAUGCUUGACAACAGCAUAUUUAUCUGAGCUGGCGAAUCUGGAGCCACAACUCGUCCCGCUGGUCGUAUGCUUUAGAUACUGGGCUAAGAUCUGUUGUGUGGACCAGAUGGACGAAGGUGGACUUCCAUCCUACUGCUUGCCCCUCAUGGUCAUCAGCUUCCUGCAGCGAUGCAAAGAAAACCCGUCUUACCGGUCAUACCUCGAAUCUGUGUGUCCACUGGUUUUCAAAGUCCGCAGUCCUUCUGUGCUGCUAGGGAAGCUGUGGAUCGAGCUAUUACGGUAUUAUUCACUGGAAUUCCAAAUACCUGAGAAAGUCAUUAGCGUGCGCACAAACGGUGACCUGUGGCGUGAUCUGAAAGACUGGCCCAAAAAGAGGAUUGCAAUAGAAGAUCCGUUCGCCGUCCAGAGGAACGUGGCUCGGAUGUUGAAUAGUCAGAUGAUGUUUGAGUAUUUGGUGCAUUGCCUCAAAACAACUUACAAGUACUUCGCUUCUCCUUCAAAAAGCACAGCAGGGAAGCUCAGUUCAAGCAGUCAGUCUGGCAGAUCUGUGAGAGCUGCGAAUCAUGUCGAUUCGGUGAAGAGAAGCCCGAAAGUGGAUUUGAAGCGGUCUCGUGUGAGGUCCAGUCCGCAGAGCGCUGAAGAGCUGGAAGACUCUGACUGCGUCAUUGAGCUGGAGCCGGACGAGGAGGAGGACGCCGAGUCUGACCUGGAGACCGAGGGUGAAGAUGAGGAAGAUGAAGACAUAGAGCUGGACAGAUCUGGAUGUGAUCAUUCUGGCGAUGAGAUCUUCCCGUUCGAGCGGGAGAUGAGUGAUGAUGGGGGGUCUGAUGCGGGUGAUCCAGAGGAAGCAGCGUCUCUCCUAAACAAACCCAAAGCCGAGCUUACCAAAUCUGAAUCUCCUCAGACGGCUCCUGAAGGCUUUCAGUUUGUCUUCAGCAAGCGCUUUUUCAGUAAUGGCAAGCCCCCCGUUCUGAUAUGCAGUCUUUGUAAGAGCGAUGGGCAUUUGAAACAGGACUGUCCCGAGGACUUCAAAAGAGUGGAGCUGGAACCCCUUCCACUUAUGACCCUAGACUUCCUCCAGAUCCUCAAUGAAGUCUGUGAGCAAUGCUACUGUGACUUUGCACCAGAUGAUGUGGAGGUGAAAGUCAGAGAACAUAUUUUGCAAGAUUUCGAGACUUUCCUGAGAUGCCAAGUGCCAGGUGCCAAGUUGGUUUUGUUCGGCUCAUCCAAGAAUGGGUUUGGUUUUAAACAGAGUGACUUGGACAUCUGUAUGACUCUAGAAGGCCAGGACACAGCGGAGGGUUUGGACUCUAUGGCUGUUAUCGAGAGUUUGGCUAAAGCGCUGCGGAAACACCACAGCCUGAGAAACAUCCUACCUAUUACUACUGCAAAAGUCCCAAUUGUGAAGUUUUACCACACCAAAACUGGACUAGAGGGAGAUAUAAGCUUGUACAAUACACUGGCUUUGCACAACACGCAGUUACUGGCAUCAUACGCUGCGAUCGACGCUCGGGUGAAGAUCCUCUGCUACGUCAUGAAAGUGUUCGCUAAAGUCUGUGAUAUUGGCGAUGCGUCCCGUGGGAGUCUGUCUUCAUAUGCCUACACCCUAAUGGUGCUGUACUUCCUUCAACAAAGAAGCCCGCCUGUUAUCCCAGUUCUCCAAGAGAUGUAUGUUGGGGAGAAGAAGCCUGUAGUUCUUGUCGAUGGCUGGGAUGUACAUUUCUUUAGUGAUCUGAAGAACUUGCAUAAAUACUGGCCGGGGUACAAGAAGAAUAAGGAGUCGGUGGGCCAGCUGUGGUUUGGGCUGCUGCAGUUUUACACCGAGACGUUUGACUUCAAGGAGACUGUCGUCUGCAUCCGCAGGAAAGAGCCUCUCACCACCUUCAAGAAGCAGUGGACCUCCAAACACCUCGCCAUCGAGGAUCCCUUUGAUUUGAGUCACAAUCUUGGAGCUGGUCUCUCACGGAGAAUGGCGAGCUUCAUCAUGAAGGCCUUCAUCAACGCCCGCAGAGUUUUCGGCUCCCCCGUCAGAGAUUUCCCUCCAGAGUAUCCCAACAAAAUGGAGUAUUUUUUUGACCCAGAGGUGCUGACAGAGGGCAAGCUAGCACCCAAUGACCGCUGCUGCCGGAUUUGUGGGAAGAUUGGGCAUUUUAUGAAAGACUGUCCGAUGCGGAAGAGACAGAGACGUGACACUGAUGGACGUGAUGUGAACAGAGCCGAUGGCAGAGGGAUGACGGACGCUGGACGGUGGCGGCAGAGAGAGGAGAAGUGCUGUUAUCUGUGCGGCUCCAGCACUCACAUCAAGAAAGACUGCCUGCUGGCCAAAUCUUUAGAAUCCUCCCCAAACACACACCAAAGAAGCCCUGCGUCAGACAGGGACAGAGUAGACAGUCCUCAGCAGGACAGGAGAAAGAAGCCAAAAGCAAAGAGGAUGAUUUUGGGUCCCGAAGCAGGUAGUCUUGCCAGCAGACAUGCGUCAUUAAAUGCGUCUAUGGAGAAGUGGAGCCCUUACAAGUAACUGAUCUAAAGAGAGGCGCUCCAGGCUGAAGUGGGCCGGUUCUGGAUCUACAGCAGCCCGAGCUCAGUAUUAUCAUAAACCCCAGUUAGAACACCUUGAUUAAUGUGCCUUGUAUCGGUGUCUAAUUUUUAGUUUACUUUUUUCUAAUUGUGGAAUGAACGUGAUGUUCCUCAUUUGAUCCGUUUUUAUUUUUAUUUUUUAAAUUAAAAGUCCAGUUUGAUACCUUCGUAAUUUAGAUAGUAGGCUCAAUUUGUGCUUUAAAUUU